AACGCCUUCGUUGCCCCCUUCUCCGCCGCUACCGCGCCCGUGACUCGCCCGCGCGCUCUGUGCGCGCAAGCGCGCCCCGCGGCGCCCUUCUUCUCCAGCGCGGCUUUCGGUGCCUCGGUGCCCGCGCGAGUUGCAGCGCCCCCCGCACGCGCGCCGAUGCGCAUGGAUGUCACCGUCAUUGUCGGUGAUAAUGAGCCUGUUGAGAGCGCGAUUCGCCGUUUCAAGAAGGACGUCAGCAAGUCUGGACAUUUGUUUGAGCUGCGGAGACGUCGAUAUUUCGAGACGAACACUGAGAAGCGUAUUCGCAAGGCUGCUGCCGCUCGUCGUAAAGCGAAGAUUGCUCGUCGCACUGCGCGUCACGAAAGAAGUUUCUGA